CCUUGCCUGCACCUUUACCCAAGGACCGGUAACCGUUUUCCUGGCGGUUUAGCCGACUGCAAGUAUCUUCCAUCUUACUUUCUCUCAUGCAAUAACAUCAAUUUGUCUGCCCUUCCCUUUGCCAUUCCAGCGCUAACCUCUGCACCCACUCCGAGAUGGCUCAAAGAGCGCAGCAGAUCGCUUCCCACCUCAACUUCCCUUCCGGGCUGCUGACUGGCCAGGUCGCCAUUAUCACCGGCUCAGGCCAAGGUAUUGGUGCUGAAUGUGCCCGCUUGUUCGCCAACGAAGGCGCAAAGGUGGUGGUCUGCGACGUCGACAGUGCCAAAGGCGAGGCCGUAGCCAAAUCUAUCAACGAUGCUUCGCCGAACCGAGCCAUCUCCGUCCCUGGCGACGUUACCGACCCCAACUACUUUCCCGUGCUGGUAAAGAAGGCUGCUGAAUUUGGUAAUGGCAAGAUCCACAUCAUCGUCAACAACGCCGGAUACACGUGGGACGGCGUCAUUCACAAAAUGACCGACAAGCAAUGGGACACAAUUUUGGCCGUGCACAACACAGCGCCCUUCAGACUCGUAAGAGAGGCUGCCAAGUACUUCCGAGUCAAGGACGGCGAGGCCAGAUGUAUCAUCAACAUUAGCAGCACAAGCGGCACGCACGGAAAUGCAGGACAGGCCAACUACAGCUUGGCUAAAGCUGGUGUAACAGGCUUGACCAAGACCAUUGCAAAGGAAUGGGGUCCUCAGUUUGGCGUCCGAGCAAACACCAUUGCUUUCGGGCACAUCAACACCCGACUGACGCAAGCUAAAGAAUCGGGAGCUUUCAUUACCACCCCGGAUGGUCAACGCAUUUCAUUGGGUAUCCCACAGGCACAACUGUCGAGCCGAAAGGGCGACGAGGAAGCUGCAUAUAAGGACAUUCCCCUCGGUCGACCUGGAAGUGCCACAGAGGCUGCCAGCGCUGUUCUGGCAACGUGCAGUCCGCUGUUCGCAUAUGUGAAUGGUCAGACGAUAGAAGUCACUGGUGGCAGAAACAUCUAGACUUGGAGUGUUAUAUAUGAAGCCCAGCCUGAAGCAAGUCUUUGCGAGAGGGUGUAUAUAAUAACGGAUUAUAUGAACUAGAAUUUGACUCCACAAAGCAGGGGGUUUUGGUUCAUGGUAGAGAGUAUUUUCUGGGUGGCAGUCACAUAUCAUCGUGACCUUCGUUGAAGAACAGGUGCCUGACACACUAGAGUUGAACAGAGGAGACCUUUCUAGGCCAAUAAAGACUCAAUGUUGUGCUCUUUGUUGUCGGCGAUAUACAAAGGCACAAUGCCUUUGCAAAGCGACAAGGAUGUAAGUGAAUGCCACAAGAAUGAAUGCCUUGCAAAUGAGACAAAGGAGAUGAGACCUUGUACAAUGCACCUUGAAUGAAAAAUAUCUAUCAACC